UGGCUUGGUUGGAACGCCUGUACACACCGCUUCGCUCCGUUUUCUCCAGUCCCGUUGUUCUCUUGUCCCAGGCUUCUUUGUACGUUUGGCAACUUGGAAGGAGAUAGUAAGAUUUAAAUCGGAGAAAAGCCAAGCAUGUGGAGAACUGAGGACAAAGGUGCAAUCAUGCUCAUUAAAAUCUGGGGAUGUGUGGGGAUUUUGUGCCUUUUAUCCCUGCAAAUCGAAGGACAAUGUUCAAAGCCAGUCCUCAGUGACAAUGCUGUUUUACAUGAGGAUCACAUCUCACUAACCAGUUUUCCGGAAAACACUACUGUAAGACUCAGUUGUGUCCCAGGGUACAAACCAGCAUCGGGGCCGCUGACGGUGAAGUGUCAGGGCGACCAGUGGAACCCAAACCCACAGGAUUUCAUCUGCAAAAAAAAGACCUGUGGAAACCCAGGAGAAGUGACAAAUGGUGUAUAUAACACAUCUGAGGGAGUUGACUUUGGUGCAGUUGUCACAGCCAUCUGUAAUUUGGGGCACUACUUGGUGGGAGAAGGCCAAAGAAGAUGCUUGGCAGAUGGGACAUGGAGUGGACGUGAGGCUGUUUGUGAAGUGGUGAAAUGCGGCCCUCCUCGAAAGAUUGACCACGGCCAACUUGAUUCCGCUCCAGAGGUUGAGUAUAAGUUUCGAGAUGUGGUGCGCUACAGCUGCGACGUGGGCUACACCGUAUUGGGAAAUGCCGAAUCAUACUGCACGGAGAAUGGAACGUGGACUGCAGCUCCCAUAUGCAAAACGGUGGAAUGCCCGAAGCCAGACGUAACAAAUGGCAGACGUGUUUUUGGAAAUAACGGUCCCUAUGGCAAAGGGGCUAUCCUCGAGUACGAGUGCAAUAAAGGGUUUGAUAUGGUUGGUGAAGCCAGAAUAGUCUGUCAGGAGAAUGGUUGGACUCCAGCAGUUCCAAGAUGUAAAGCGGUCGAACUUCCUACCACCACCACCCCACGAACGACAGUGAAGGAAAACACCACACUUAAAGAGAGCCAGUCCUCUCCUGACAAAACUACUCCAAGAACUUCAGCAAAUGCAUCCACCACACCUGAAGAUGGAAGAAACGGAUCGGGCUCAAUUCAUGUCCAUAACUCUCUGUGGGUUAUGUUGGCAGUAGUGGUUGGAGUUGCUGUUCAAAAUGGGCUAUUCCAGUGAGCCUGUUCCUGAUAAGGAGUGGAGAAGAAAGAGAUGGGUGUGUUUCCUGGCUCUGUGUGAGAAUGGACUCGGGGGGACCGCCCUUGCCCUCGGUCUGAACUCCAUCCCUUGCUUGUUUGUUAGAGAAAUUACAAUACUGAAUUGCACUGAAGUCCGGUCUAUCAGAUACCGUGCCUUGAUAUUGUGUGUUAUGUUGUGUGACAUGGAGGGGGGUGUGUAAGAAUGUGAAAUGCUUUUGUUGACAUUUAUGUGAAUUGUCCUUGAAUGCUUAACUCAAUCUUAAUUUAUUUAAAUUAUUUGUAUUAUUUUUUUAUUAUUUGUGAAAUGGUUAUUAUUUGAAAAGAGCAGGCCAGCAGGGCUCAAGUAGUUUUAUCAUCUUAGAUUUUCAUUUUGCAGUUACAUUGAGUUUUCAGUGAGAUCAUUUCUGAAUGAGAGAAUUCCUGAAUUGGAAAAUGUUGGGGUUCAUUUGUGAAAAUAGAUUUUUUAAAAAAGUGUUACGGUAUAUAGUGCCAUAUGAAGGAACAGUAUUGUUGUGCUCACCCGACAGCUUGUAAAAUGACCAAUAAAGGCAUUGCU